CGGAAAGUUGCCAAGGAUGGGGAAUCGCCCGAUGAAAACGCAGACGACAUCAACACGCCGUCGGGGACGUCCGCGAAGGAUUUCGAUCCAGAGAAGGAGUUCAACGACUGGACCAAGCAAGUCGUGGUGCGUCACGAGUUGACAGAGAAACUCAACUGCACGGGCGACAUCGGUCGCCCAACGCACUGCCUGUCGGAGGAUUUCCCACAACUUAGUUUAGCACUAUCUAGAAUCCCCAACGACCGGUGGUGGUGGGACUGCGAUCGGAAACCGAACGACGCCCAGGCGCGACAGUUCAACUCGCACGAGCCGGCCAAGCACUUCAAGCAGCGCGUGGAAAAAUUCCGUUCCUGGCUCCUGAAUAGACCGGAGAAAACUUUCGUGAUCUUCGGUCACUCUGAGUUUUUCAAGGAAUUCUCCGGUAAUCACCGCAGCAUGAAGAACUGCGAGAUUCACGAGAUGCGUCUUUGA